UUUCAUAAAUAUUAAAAAUGUGCGAGGUGAUUGUCCUGUUCGAGGGCUACUCCAAGAUCCUUGAUGAGGAGAGGAUGGAUGCUAAUUGCUCUUGUGUCCUCAUCAAAGGCCCCAGGAACGUUAUUGUUGACACUAUGACAGCUUGGGACCGGGACAGAAUCAUCGAAGCUUUAUCUUUUCACAAUCAAAAGCCAGAAGACAUUGAUUUUGUUGUCUGCACACACGGCCAUGCAGAUCACAUUGGCAACAACAAUUUGUUCCUCAGCGCUGAACAUAUCGUAGGAUCUAGCUUCCACCGAGGCUCAGUCUUCUACGAGAAAAAUCUUCAGGAUGCUGAAUAUCAACUGUGCGAGGGAGUAAGAGUCCUGCCAACACCUGGACACACUCACGAGGACGUGUCAGUCCUCGUGGAGACUGUAGUUGAUGGCAAAAAGGCGACCAUUGUCAUCACUGGGGAUUUAUUCGAGAAGGAGGAAGACCUCAAGGACUCAUCGAUCUGGGAAAAACUGGGAAUUCCAGAGCUCAAGAAGACUCAGGCCCUCAACAGAUUCCUGGUAAUCAAACUCGCUGAUUACAUCGUACCUGGCCAUGGGAAAAUGUUCAGGGUCACCGAGGAGACCAGGAGAAUCAUCGAGGAACAGAUCCUGGAUCCGUGAUUCAGCCGUUGAGGAAAUUAAUCACUUGAUGCAUCGUACUCCUUUCAUUAUUCUUAUAUCUAUGAAUAUUGCAUACAUUCAUGUACUUUUUGUUCAUUCAUUUAAUGAGGAAUGAGCGAGUGUAUUACUAAUAUAUUUUUCAACAAGUAGUGUAAUUUUUAUGGGCAAGCUUUAUUGAAAUUAUGAAAUGAAUAAGUGUCUUAAUUAUUAAUAUUCAAGAGUCGGAGAUAAAAAUUGUACAGCUU